AGCGGGCGCGGCGGGGGAACGAGAUGAGCAGCGCCGGCGCCGCUGCAAGAUGCUGGAUGGACACGUCCUGCUGGGAUGGCUCUCCUCCUGCGCGCUCCUAGGGCUGCUCGCCUGCGCCCCGCGGCCCUCCGCCGCCUACUUCGGGCUGACGGGCAACGAACCCCUGACCAUCCUCCCUCUGACCUCGGAAAUGGAGGAGGCGGCCGCCAAGGCCCACUACAAGGUGUGUGACCGCCUGAAGCUGGAGAAGAAGCAGCGCCGCAUGUGCCGGCGCGACCCCGGCGUGGCCGAGACCCUGAUGGAGGCCAUCAGCAUGAGCGCCCUGGAGUGCCAGUACCAGUUCCGCUUCGAGCGCUGGAACUGCACCCUGGAGGGCCGCUACCGCGCCAGCCUCCUCAAGAGAGGUUUUAAGGAGACGGCCUUCCUGUACGCCAUCUCCUCGGCGGGGCUGACGCACGCCAUGGCCAAGGCGUGCAGCGCGGGGCGCAUGGAGCGCUGCACCUGCGACGAGGCGCCCGACCUGGAGAACAGGGAGGCCUGGCAGUGGGGAGGCUGCGGGGACAACCUCAAGUACAGCAACAAGUUCGUCAAGGAGUUCCUGGGGAGGAAGCCCAACAAGGACCUGCGAGCCAGGGUGGACUUCCACAACAACCUGGUGGGCAUGAAGGUCAUCAAAGCCGGCGUGGAGACCACCUGCAAAUGCCACGGCGUGUCCGGAUCCUGCACCGUCCGAACCUGCUGGAGGCAGCUCUCCCCUUUCCACGAGAUCGGGAAGCAGCUGAAGCAGAAGUACGAGACCUCGCUCAAGGUGGGCAGCACCACCAACGAGGCCACGGGGGAAGGCGACAUCUCCCCCCCUAAAAAAUCCAUCCCCGGCCACAGCGAUCAGAUCCCAAGGACUACGGAUCUCGUCUACAUUGACGACUCCCCGAGCUUCUGCCUGAUGAGCCGGUAUUCCCCGGGGACCUCGGGACGGAAGUGUUACAAGGACAAGAACUGCGACAGCAUCUGCUGCGGCCGGGGGCACAACACGCAGAGCCGGGUGGUGACGCGCCCGUGCCAGUGCCAGGUGCGUUGGUGCUGCUACGUGGAGUGCAAGCAGUGCACCCAGAGAGAGGAGGUUUACACCUGCAAGGACUGACGCAACCCGCGGCUUCUGCUGCGCGGCCGCCCCCGCGGAUGGGCCAGCCCGGAGAACUGCCUAUGGAGACAAACAGGGUUUGAUUGACCUUCUGGGAUCUGGAAGCUAUGUUGAGACAUAAGCACUUUGUAGGGUACAGGUGACCCAGAUGUGUUGCUGUUUUGUUUUGGGGGGGUGUUUCUUUGGGGUUUUUUUUGUUUUGUUUUUCCUGUAGACUGAAUUUUCAUGAGGUCCAACCAUGUGGAAAUAAGUGCCUGUCACACUGGGGUUAGACGCCAGUUGACCUUCACCUUCGUCGUCUACGCAAGUUUGAUGGAUCAUUUCUCCUUGGAACAUUGUUUCAGCCAUCCUCCAUGAACUCCUGGGCUAAGAUAUUCCCUUUGGCAUAAAUAUCCUGUACUUCUUUAUUCCUGGAGCUCACCAGCUGCUUAGAGAGCUGAGCAGAU